CAGUUUUAUUAGAUCCUUUCCUCUCACUCGACACUUCCACAACCGCUUCAGAUCUUCCAGACGGUAAGGAAUAUGCCCCCUUAAGGGAUGACUUCCCGUCGACGUCGAAUCCGUUCUCAAACUUCGAAAUCUCCCUCUUGGACUAUCUCUCAAAAUCGUCCAUCUUCUACCUCUUUGCCACAGCCGCGUCAUCUGGAAACUCAGCCUUUGCAACCUACCGAUCCGUCCGACGCUGACGAUUCGUACGUUUCAGAGCAAGAAUCUGGCAUACUUUUCACUGGGGGAGAGACUAGUUACACCGAUUGGAUCGGGUGGAUAUACAAGAGACUUCAAGAGUUGGAGGAGAAGUGUGAGUAUUGGUGGGUUCAUAUUUACCAGACAAUCUGGUUUUUUUGGAAUACAGUCAUAUACAAAGUCUUGAGGACUUACGAGGUGAUUAGAAAGAGAGAAAUGGGGAAAGGAUUCAGAGGAUGGUUUAGAUCUGAUGUUGGAGGCGAGCUUGAGGAUGUUGGGAUAGGAGAGAAGGUCAUAAAACGACGUCGAGCACAGAAAAAGGAGAUGAUAAAAGGAGAAGGUGAACAUUUCCCAGGGAUGGUCAACCUUUCUGGAACGUUGUGUUAUAUGAAUUCAGUCUUACAAGCCUUCGCAUCACUCCCUUCUCUCGUACAUAAUUUAGACACCAUAAUAGCUCUUGCGGUCGAAGUCGAUCUUCCCACUCCAGUAACCGAUACCCUCUCUUCAACUUUACAAUCCCUCAACACCCCAUCUUCUCGUGUUCCAAAACCCAUACGUCCCAUAUCUCUCCUUCAAGCUCUCGAACCUUUACCUCAAAUUCGUCGUCUAUUGUCCACACGGGAACAACAAGACGCACAUGAGUUGUUCGUUGUUUUAGCUGAAGCAGUCUCAGAUGAAGCCAUGAAGGUGGCAAUUGAGUUUGCCCAUAUUAGAGGUUUAGGGGAAGUGUUGACUUUGCAAGAAGGUCUUGGGGGUGGUAAGAGAGAAGAAAAGAAGAAGAGAGGAAAGAUAAAAGCUUUACAACAACCUUGGGAGGGGUUAAUGGCUAGACGUAGGGUUUGUAAAAGGUGUGGAUGGUGUGAAGCUGUUAGGAUGGAUACUUUGGGAGGUAUGGAAUUACCUAUUCCCUUAAAUGGCGAUAUAUCUCUUGACGCCUGUAUAGCGGAAUACCUCGCACCUGAAAAUUUAUCCGACGUCACAUGCGAAAUGUGUUCAUUACGUUUGACUCAACAACAAUACGCUUCAGAAUCUUCACGUCUUUCCCUCCCUCCUAAUUCCCAUCCAUCCAAUGAUCAUCAACCUAUCGCAUCUUCAUCUCGUCACUCUUCCGGCUCUUUUUCCCCACUCAGUACACUUCCAACCAAUGCCACCUCUAUCCCAAGUCCAAACGAAUUAACCCCAUCUCGUAAGAAAAAAGCUCGUGAGGCUUCUCGUAUAGCAGGACGUUUACAAGAAAUGUUAGAUUCAGGUGUCGUCACACAUUUCAAUGAACCUCUUCCACCUACACCUUCUCAUCCUAAUUCUUUACCUAUCAAAUGGUUAAAUUCCAGAGGAGAAUCUCUACGUCAAGCAGCUAUCAUACGACCUCCUCAAAGUCUACGACUUCAUUUCAUUCGAUCGGAAUAUACACCUUAUGGUACUUUAUUAAAGAAAACAGCUAGAGUGAAUUUCCCUAUCAUACUUGAGCUCACUCGAUUUGUAGCUAGAGGAGUUUGGGAAGAAAGAACUUCAGUUUUAAACAUGUUACAAUCUUCUACCAAUGUUGAUAAUAACAAAACCGCCAGGGUUUUGUAUAGACUUGAAUCAGCUAUUUUACAUUAUGGUUAUACACAUUCAAGUGGUCAUUUCAUUUGUAUAAGAAGGAAACCUAUCAAGAAAGAUGGAUAUAAACCUAUUGCGGGUGAAAAGAAUUGUCAAGAUUGGUGUACUUGUGACGAAUGUAGGUUCGUUGGUCCAGUAAGAGAAGAAAUAAAGGAUGGAAAAGGUUGGUUAAGAAUUUCAGAUGAUGAUGUUGAAGAAGUUGGAGAAGAAGCUUUGAUAGAGAGUAGAGGGGCUAUUUUCAUGUUAUUUUAUGAGAAAGUGAAAGAGAAUAAAGAACUUUCUAGACCAAUUUCGAGAAGUUCGGAGAAGGUUAUAUAUAGUCAAGAAGGUGAAGUAAAAUGAUAUAGUAUAUAAAAUGCAUCUUAGAUCAAAGAAGUC